AUGGUGGAUGACUCAUGUCUAGCAGACACCAAUAGAGAACUUACCUGCAAGCUCGGGCGACUCUUUGCAUACUUCUUGGAAAAGCUGGACCGAUGUUUGCGACAGCUUGUCAGACAGGGAAGGAGUGCACACCCUCCCCAGAGAUCACCAUCGGCUCCAGUCGAAGAGCGGACCUCCGAAAGGCAGCAGCAUGGAGAGGCUGUUGCAGUGCACCGCACGCAGAGAGGCUGCAGCCCUCGGGGACCUGCUCGAGUGGUGGCCCAGAAGAUGGACACACAGUGGAAGCUACCAAUACCAUUGCUUGGCCUAAAUUGCCAUGAGGCCUGGACAUCACACCAGUGGCCACUAGAGUCGUGGAGCAUCAUCGACCCACGAAACCGCGACUGUCCUAUAACUCUGAAGGGGAUCGGCUGA